CAAUUUCAAGUAGAUGUGUGACGUCACCUCCGCUCAAACCAACACAGACGGUCUAGUAUCCACAGGGUUUUGCAAGAAUGACAAAAACCAUGACGUUCGACUCAAAGUGGAAGCGAUACGGGUGACAGAAUCCGAAUCCAAAGUAAAAGCAGGUGAGGGUUUCUUUGCCAUAUACCCACGAACCAACGCUCCUCGCAUUAACCUCUUUGCAAGGCCGGAUGAGGAUCUAUACCGCUACCGUGGCAUCAUGGCACUGCUUCGGGUACAAAAGGAUUACUUGGCAAUGCACUGCGGACGACUGUUGUACUCUGUGGCCUUGCAUCAGUCCAAGCCUGCUAUGUUGAACGCAAGCAAAAUGGUAAAAGGGGAAGAAAUGCACCUUGAACUAUUAACAUGUGGGGACUCUGUGACCCCUAUAGCUGUGAAGUCUUUAAAAGAAGAGAUUGAAAGGAUUGGCCCCACGAAUUUACCUAUACUGCAAAAUCCAAAACCUGGAGAUGAAAAAUCUACAAAGGUCCAACAACGUCCAAUGGACAAUGUGAACACAGCUAAUCCAGAUCAAGACCUUGAAGCCAAGUCCCACAUUUCCAGUCCUCCUUCCUCUCCUCAAAGUGAAUCCCUCCCACCCAGAGACAUCCCUGACCUCUUUCUUUCGCACACACAUGUAACAGAGUCUCCAUUGACAAGAGAAGAUCGCGCCCACUCCUUUGCUCAAGAGGGCCACGUGUCCCGCCCAGGGGCGGAGACACUGAGCGUCAUCUUGCACGGUGCCGCCGACCUGCCCCCCCUGAGUGACGGAGGUGUCCCGCUUCCAUUUGCUAUCAUGAGGAGUCAUGCGGAUGUGGCAUGUGAUUGGAGGAGCCACGCCGUAACCAGGUGCCCACCUCAGCCUACACACAACCCCUCAUGGGAGGAGACAAUCAGGGUGGAGCUAAGGGACACCAAAUGGGAAACCCAUCGGAAGGAUGUUACCCUCACCGUGGCUGAUGGUCGAACCAAAGAGCUUCUGGCCCAUUUCCGGCUGCCCGUGCCGUAUCUGCACCCGUUUCAUCAUUAUCACCUAGAGCUGGUGCAGAGUCCCAGGGACCAAGAGUCAUCUGGGACGCGUCUCUAUGUCACCAUGGUGCGUAAACUUAGCCUCCUUCCCAGACAGCCCUGUUUCUACUUCACAGGCUUUGAGGUGUUGCUGCAGUCUGUAAACAAACCCUUCAGGAGUCCAGUUGGUUCCUUGAUAGCUGUGGCACGCAUAGUUGCCGAUUUUAACUCGCACAGAAGCAAUGUGCUGCUCCGUGAUCCCAGGGCUACAGGCGUCUCAGUGAGGUCGGUCUGGUUUCCUGAUCCAUCUGAAUAUGCUUUUACAGUUCCUACCCUCACUGCACACGGCUGGCCACAGGUCUCUCUGCCAGGGUCUCCUGAGGAUCAGCCCGUGUGGAAUCACUCUUUUCUAUUCCUGGGUCGUGACUGUGCCACUGUCUUUACUGAAGGAGCAGCACUUGUUCUGGAGUUUUACCCCACAGCAGCCAAAGUGAUGAACAUGGGGAGCUGGCACAUCCAGGGCCCUCUUGCAUUCUCAGGACUGAUCCUGGAUCAUUCACUCUAUAGGAAACUGUCUGAGAGAGGACUCAGGGUGCCACAUCUGCCACUGCAGAUUCCUGCUGUUAACAAAGGCUGCCCGUCAUUUACCACCUCUGAAACCCCACCCACUAUCAGCCUGGUGAUUCGUCUUAUUGGCUCAGAGCGCCCAGACUCGUUCCUAACUGAAAUGGAUUGCAGUGUCCUUCCCUCCCUGGAUCUUGAGCAUCCGAAUGCAGAGGAAUCAUGCCCAAUAAAUGAUCAGACACACCCAGAGACAGUGCCUCCCAAUCCUGAAGACCACACCCUUCUGCCCUUGGAAAAAGAUUUGUAUGAUUUGCCGUCACAUGAUGCAAUUUCCAGUAUCCUGUCAGAGUACCUUCAUAUCAACAACAAGCCAAAAGCUGCGAUCAAGACCGAAUCUACAAGACAGGAAAAAACAAACCCUCUGCUCAACCGAACUUUUGACGUACAUCCACUGCACCAUAGUCUCCCUGUGCCUGAUUUACAAAAUGAUCAGCAGGCGACUGAAGUCACUGAACAUCAAACCAAAGAGUUGGAGAACUACCGUACAGCUAUGCAUAAGAUGGCAGAUGACAUCAUCGUCCUGCGCUCUCAGGUGAGCAGUCUGGAGUCUGAGAACAGUCAGUUGAGGCGGGACUUCUCCCUGCAUCAAGACCUGGGCCGCACCCUACUGGACGAUACAGAUGUUGACGUCAUGACCAAGACUGAGAUCGCUGACCGGAUCGCUUCUCUGAAGUUUAAGCUGGCGAGUGAAAGCAGCCGGGCCGCUGUCCAAAACGACCGAAUCCAACAGCUUCAGAACGAGCUGAUCAGGAAGAACGACAUUGAAAAAGAGUUUAUUCAGUUGCAAAGAGCACAUCAGCAGCAACAAGCCGUGUUAAAGAAAUAUGAGGCUCGUGUCAGUAAGAUAGCUGCACUGGAGGAUACAAUUCGACAACAGGAUAAGGUCAUUGAUAAGAUGGAGAAGCUACUGGACACCAAAUUAAGAAAGAGAAAUAAAGAGAAUUCAGAAAAGAAGACACCUAUGAAACAUAAAGAAGAAGAGCACAAGAUGAGAGAGAUCGAGGCUGUGCUUGUAACCGAAAACUCUCGACUUCGGGAAGAACUGGACAGACUCCGAAAUCAACCUCCUCCUGCCAUUAUUCAACAGCCUGUACAGUCCCAUCAGCCUCUUUCAGACAGUGAGAAACUGGAGUUACUAACACAGCUGGCGAGAGCUGAGGGUCGAAUCCAGACACUGGAGCAACAGCUUAAAGAAAUCUCCAAACAGUGGGGUAAAGAGAAACAAGAGAUGUUGACCAGACUAAGUGAAUAUGAACAUGGAUUUGCCAGAACAUCAACCAUGAUUUUUCAUGACCUGCCCGUGAAAAGUGUGACUGACUCUGUGUUGGGGCGGGUUCGACAUGGACAACUGGACCCUCUGAAGUGACAACGUCAUAUCACUGUAUUAAAAAACUACAACAUCA